UUGAGGGUCCAGUGUGUGUGAGUGAGUGAGUGUGUGUGUGUAGAUCGUGUGUGUAGAUCGUGUGUGUAGAUCGUGUUUAUUAAGAGUAAUUAAUGAAUUAAGAGGUGAUUUAUUCAUUACUAAAGUAUCGAGAGCGGGUGUGAGGAUGAUGAGCAGCUCUGGGAAGAGGAAAGAGGAGCUUCAUGUGCUGAACGGAGGAGUGAAACAGUCCACAUGGACUAAAGCUCUCAGUACUAAAGCAGUGUGGGAGGAGAAGGAUGAGUUUUUAGACGUCAUUUACUGGUUCCGGCAGAUAAUUGCCAUCAUACUGGGAGUAAUAUGGGGCGUCGCGCCACUGAAGGGCUUCCUGGGCAUCGCCAUAUUCUGCAUCCUGAAUGCGGGUGUGCUGUACGUUUACUUCAGCAGCUUUCAGCAGGUGGAUGAGGAGGAGUACGGAGGAACAUGGGAGCUCACCAAAGAAGGGUUCAUGACUUCGUUUGCUUUAUUCCUGGUGGUGUGGAUCAUCUUCUACACGGCUCUGCACUACGACUGAGGACUCGCAGACGGAAGUGCGAGCGGCACCGCGGACGCUCGACGCGCGGCGGCGGCCGGGGCGGACCGCGUCACCCGCGGCGUCGCGGAGCCUCCGCACCCGGGUGCGCCGUGGGUACUCGACUGAGCGACGUUCCUGGAGUUGAAAGCGUCCGGUGCCCCGCCGUGCGUGCCGAUCCCACCCCGCCCCGCUCUCUCUUUCCUUCUGUGUGUUCACCGAGUUCUUUAGAUGUCGAUUUCAUUUCUGUCCGUCUGUAGCUUCUAAUAAUCUCACCCGAUGACGCGGAUGGUUUAGACGCGGUGUAAAUUCUGUAUAGUUUUGCGUUUUAUUCACUGGUAUUGGGACGCCGCGUCUCUCGGUAUUUUAGCCCCGGCUUGGCGACGGGCGGCGCGCGGCUCCGGAUCUGUGCGUUCGGGCCGCGUUUCCCUGAGCGGUCGGAUUACAUUUUGAUGAAAUAAACGUGGCGUUAGACCGAGAUGAACUCUCAGCUCUGAUUUAUUAGCGGUAUUAAAUACACUACAUGGACAAGAAGUAUUGGGACGCCCCUUUUAAUUUUUUGAACGUGUGUGUGUGUGUGUUCGGCCAUAACGAUUGCUAACAGGUGUAAUAAAUGACUUAAUAUAAAA